ACGAUUGGCGGACGACUCCGAAGGGCUACACCAUACGCCAGAUCUUGCUUUAGUGCGUCCUUCGACGAGGGAGAAUGCACAGGGGUGAUAAACGAGUACCUUGAUCCUGUUAGACGUUCCGAUCACUUUGGCGCAUACAUCAACGUGGGUAUUGUUUUCGUUCCCCGAAACUUCGAGUGCAUUUACCUACCCCUCCAGACGGAAUGGGAAACCUGUCAAGCGACUAGAGAGGAAUGUGCUCUGAACUGGAUGAAUGUGGCAACAAGGGAUGGAGAAUGUAGUCAGGGCGCAGUUCCUUCUUACUAUAUUGAUGUCGCCGACCGUACGGAUGUGUCAGCGGCUUUCGAUUUCUCGAGACGUACGGGCGUUCCUGUAGUCAUAAAGAAUACUGGACACGAUUACAUGGGUCGGAGCAGUGGACCGGGGACAUUAGGCAUUUGGACACACCACCUGAAAUCGAUAUCCUACGAGAAGACCUUCGUUCCGCAAGGAUGCGAAGCAACGGCGGACCCGGUUCCCGCUGUAACUUUUGGGAGCGGAGCUCAGUUUUCGGAUUUAUUAGCGUUUGCGAACGAGAAUAACCUGACAAUACCUGGAGGCUCAGAUGCCACAGUUGGCGUUGGAGGGGGUUACCUGCAGAGUGGCGGUCACAGCCCGCUAUCAAACAUAUUCGGACUAGCAGUUGACCGCGUACUCGAAUUUGAGAUCGUUGUACCUACUGGCGACCUCCUCAUUGCAAACGAGUGUCAGAACCCCGACUUUUUCUUCGCUCUCCGUGGGAGGGGGAGGAACGUUCGGUGUCGUCAUGAAGGUGACAACGUGGGUGCUACCUAGAGCAGAGCUCGUCACUGUGUCGGCGUUGUUCAAGCCUACAACGUCCAUCCAGAAGUUUUUGGAGUUCGUCAUCCCUUAGUCGGAUGGGCAGAAGACGGCGAGUGCUUUCUGAUAGUGGAUCUUUCUUCUCUCAUCACCAUCCUUCUCUAGGCUGGAGUGGAUUCAUUUAUGUACGCUGCCACCUGUGUCUCCGUCUACCGGCUACUGAUCCUAGAUUAGACUGCCGGGAUCUUCCACAUGAGUAAACUCAAAU